AUGGCCACUGCAGCAUCACCAAAGAUUCGCACGCCUGAAGAGGCUGUGGCAAGAAUUGCCUACUUGGCCAGCGAUGUCAUUGUCUCCGUCCAACCGGCUCAAGCAAUUGAGUCAGAAUUCUCUUCGCAUCUGCAUCGCUACGCGGGGCGCAAGGACCGGAGUCUUGUUGCUGCUGCUGAAGAUGGUGUCCCCGAGGUCCAAGUCGUCAGACACAAUGCCGACCCUCUCCUCUCAGUCUUCACGCCAAUUCGCAAUGGCAGACUUGUUUCCGUCACAACGAGCUCUUCCAUCCUCGUCUCCUCGGUGCCCCACCUAUACCGACUCGCAAACCUCCCCGUUGUGAUUCACGUGUCUCUGCAACCUGCACACUACCCCGACUACUCUUCCAUCACCUCGAUCCGGAAUUCAGGUUUCACGUUCCUGCAGUCCGAGACGUUGCAAGAGGCACAAGAUAUUGCUUUGACCGCACACGCACUAGCGAUCAAGUCUGGCAAAGGCGUCAUACAUUUCUUCGAUGCAGGAUCGUCAGCACAGGAUAACCAUAUUUCCUUUGAAAACCUGGAGGUUGUUAAGGCCAUUCUCAACCUGGAUGCUGUCAAGACCUUUCAGAGCAGGAAGAUUGGCGGAAAUAGCAUUUAUGCCGAUGAUGGAAGAAUUGCCACCAUUCCAGAGACGAGUACUCCUAUCCAGGCCCUUCCCGGCGCCAUGGAAGGGGUUGAGUCGACACCUGUAUUGCCCAGUGAACCGCUCACUCCAUCGAAAGCUUCCUCGGUAGGGUCCUCGAAGUCCGGACGGGAAAGCAGCGUGGAUAGCAAGGCCAGCGUAUCCUCUGCGACUACGGUUGAACUCUCCGGUGUGCGACCUGUCACAUCGGAUGAUAUUUACGAUUUCGUUACUGCCAUCUGGUACCAGUUUAAGGAAGGGCUGGGAAGAGAGUACACGCCCUUCCAGUAUUCCGGCCCAGCCAAUGCUGAGGAUGCUCUCUUUAUUUUUGGUUCCGAUGUUGGUACAUUUGCACAAGCUAUCGAUGCGGCCAAAUCCAGCGAUAUAUACGCAAAAUCCGGAGUUAUUACCGCGCGUUUGUAUCGACCCUGGCUUGGAUCCAAGCUUAUCGAAGCCAUCCCUAAGUCAAUCAAGAGGAUAGCAGUUCUUGAGCAAAUUAGAAGAAAGACCACGAAAUGGGGGCCUCUCCUUUUAGACCUACUCACUACUCUCAAGUCUGGACCGGGUGGAGGUGUCGAGACGAUCGUGGGACAUCAGCUAGGAUACAUUGCUCCAGAAACAGUUCGACAAGCUUUGCGUGGUGUAUUCCAAAAUCUGAAAUCUGACAAGCCUAUCCAGAAUCUUGAAGUUGGCAACCCUAAUGGGCCAACCGAAUCACUGGGCGGAUAUGACCUCUCGCAGCCCAAAGUCGAAUCCGCAUACAUGAAGAUUUUGGACCAGAUUUUCGGGGAAAAAUUGUAUCUCGCAAAUGUUAUUGGAUCUCAAAAUGCUGGUAUUUCUACCACAGUUGCAUCUAAUCCUGAGUUUGGCUUCGGAUCUCUCUUGGCCAGAAAGGAACAUCGCCAACGUUUUGUUAGCGAGGUCCAACAAGCAUCUACGUCGAACGCAUUCAUCACAGAAGCCCCGAAAUCAUGGCUAUCGAAAUGGGUGGCAAGUGUGGAUGAUGAUAAGAAAUCGGAUCAAUUGGCCGAUGAUAUUAUUGCACGACUUGAGACGGAUGGGUCGCCGUUAUCUAGAAACCUACUUUCAAAGAAAGGCCUCUUCCGAAAAGAAUCGCCGUGGCUCGUAGGCUCCGAUGCUUGGGCUUUUGACCUUGGCAACUCUGGCGUCCAUCAUGUUAUUGCAUCUGGAGAAAAUGUUAACAUGCUCAUCAUCGACUCGACUCCAUAUUCAGAACGAGCAGCAGGCGACGCUGCCCGAAGAAAGAAGGACAUCGGCCUCUAUGCGAUGAACUAUGGCAAUGCGUAUGUUGCUUCAGUUGCUGUCUACAGCUCGUAUACCCAGGUAUUACAAGCUAUGAUCGAAGCAGACCAAUUUGACGGCCCCUCGGUCAUCCUAGCUUAUUUGCCUUACUUCAAAGAGACCGACUCCCCCCUGACGGUCCUGCAGGAGACCAAGAAGGCUGUAGAUCUCGGUUACUGGCCCUUGUAUAGAUGGAGUCCCCGGAAUGAGGAGCAAGGAGGGCCAAACUUUUCAUUGGAUUCCGAGCGGAUCAAGAACGAACUGAAGGAAUUCUUGGCACGUGACAAUCACCUCACACAACUCAUGAAGAGGCAUCCUGAAUUCUCUUCCAAUCUUUCGCAAGACUAUGGUUCCGAGGUCAGAGCACUUCAAAAGCGAAAGGCAAAGGAUGCGUACGCGCAGCUCCUCGAAGGCAUGUUUGGCGCGCCUCUCACAAUCUUGUUCGCUUCAGAUAACGGCAAUGCGGAGUCGCUGGCAAAGCGUCUUGGCAACAGAGGAAAGGCUCGUGGUCUAAAGACGAUUGUCAUGGCGAUGGAAGACUACCCACUGGAGGAUCUUCCAAGUGAAGAGAACAUCGUCUUUCUCUCCAGCACCGCCGGCCAGGGAGAGUUCCCGCAGAAUGGUCGCGCCUUCUGGGAUGCUAUCAAAGACAACACAGAACUGGAUCUCGCCUCGGUCAACUUCUCUGUCUUCGCACUCGGCGACAGCCACUACUGGCCUAGAAAGGAAGACAAACACUAUUACAACAAACCUGGGAAGGAUCUGGACCGCAUACUGACAAAUCUUGGUGGGAAGCGUCUAGCAGAAAUUGGCCUGGGUGACGAUCAAGAUCCCGAUGGAUUCCAGACCGGCUACCAAAACUGGGAGCCUCUAAUCUGGCAAGCUCUAGGCGUUGAUAAGGUCGAGGGACUUCCAGAAGAGCCGCCUCCAAUCACAAAUGAGGAUAUCAAGCUUGCAUCCAACUAUCUGCGUGGAACAAUCGAGGAAGGCCUUGCUGAUCCUUCAACUGGCGCUAUCUCAGCUUCUGAUCAGCAACUCACCAAAUUCCACGGUACCUAUAUGCAAGAUGACCGCGAUCUUCGAGACGAGCGGAAGGCGCAGGGACUUGAACCUGCUUACUCGUUCAUGAUUCGAUGCAGGUUACCUGGUGGUGUUGCAACUCCAAAGCAAUGGAUCCAGAUGGACGAUGUCAGCAAUAGUUUCGGAAACGAGACGAUGAAGCUGACAACCCGCCAAACCUUCCAAUUCCAUGGAGUCGUUAAAGGAAAGCUCAAGUCCGCCAUGCGGGGUAUCAAUAAGGCAUUGAUGACCACCAUUGCCGCUUGUGGUGACGUCAACCGAAAUGUCAUGUGCAGUAGUUUGCCAACAGCAUCAAAGUAUCAUAGGGAUGUUUAUGCAUGCUCGCAGAAGAUCUCUGAUCACCUUCUCCCAUCUACCACAGCAUAUCACGAGAUCUGGCUCAAGGAUGAGAACGACGAGAAGAUUCAGAUUGCUGGCGAUGCUGUGCAGGAUUUCGAGCCUCUCUACGGUCCGACAUAUCUGCCCAGGAAGUUCAAGGUUACAAUUGCCAUUCCACCCCACAACGAUACUGAUGUCUACGCACACGAUAUCGGUCUCAUUGCGAUCAAGGGUAAGGAUGGUCGCUUAUCCGGUUUCAACCUUCUUGCUGGAGGUGGUAUGGGUGUAACUCACAACAACAAGAAGACGUAUCCACGAACCGGUAGUACCCUUGGAUAUGUCUCGAAGGAUGAGGUUCACAUUGCCUGCGAGAAGGUCAUGCUGGUUCAGCGUGAUCAUGGUGAUCGCAAGAACCGUAAGCACGCUCGGCUAAAGUACACCAUAGACGACAUGGGUGUCGAUGUUUUCCGGGGCAAGGUUGAGGAGCUUUGGGGCAAGAAGUUCGAGAAGGCAAAGCCGUUCAAGUUUCAAAGUAAUAUUGACACUUUUGGGUGGCAGAAAGAUGAGACUGGAAUGAACCACUUCACGUUCUUCAUCGAAAACGGACGCAUCGAAGAUACAGCCGAGUUCCCCAUGAAGUCGGGUUUGAGGGAGAUUGCCAAGGUCCACAAGGGCGAAUUCCGCUUGACUGGUAACCAGCAUUUAAUCCUCAGCAAUGUCGCUGAUGAGGAUAUGCCUGCAAUGAAGAAGAUGAUGGCCAGGUACAAGCUCGAUAACGUUGAGUUCUCUGGUCUUCGUCUUUCAUCUUCCGCUUGUGUUGCAUUCCCGACCUGUGGUCUUGCCAUGGCUGAGAGUGAGCGAUAUCUACCAGAGUUGAUCACUAAGCUCGAGGGUGUCAUCGAAGAGAACGGUAUGAGACAAGACUCGAUCGUCAUGCGAAUGACAGGAUGUCCCAAUGGAUGUGCUCGACCUUGGUUGGCCGAAGUGGCUUUUGUUGGCAAGGCUUACGGUGCCUAUAACAUGUAUCUGGGCGGAGGCUAUCAUGGCCAGCGCUUGAACAAGUUAUACCGCAGCAGUAUCAAGGAGGACGAGAUCUUAGAGAUCAUGAGACCUCUCUUGAAACGAUAUUCGCAAGAACGAAAGCAGGGAGAGCACUUUGGUGAUUUUGUCAUCCGUAUUGGCAUGAUCAAGGAGACAACCGAGGGAAAAACUUUCCAUGAUGAUGUGGCCGAGGAAGAGUCCGACGAAGAAUGA